AUGUCAUCAUUUACAACACCAUUACAUCUUCAACAACCACCUCCUUUUGUCUAUGCUUUAUUCUCCUUAUUACAAUCAUCGACGAAUAAUUCAACAACACCUUCCAAUGAAACUAUUUGUGAUCCCAUUCUCUUAAAUAAUGGAACAGAAAAAGUAGAAUAUGGUCUAUGUCCAGAACAAGUUUCUUCUCAAGCAGUGACUGGAAUCUUUUUCGGUACCUAUGUCAUUGCGUUAAUUGCAACCACAUUGGGAAUUAUUUUCACACGACAUGUCCCUCUCAUUAAAUAUCGAGGUGUUGCUGUCAUGAUUGCCAGUUUAUUAAUGACAGGUCUUUUUGCCAUGUUAUUUAACUUGAGAAUGACCAUUGGAAGAAAGGUAUUUCCAUGUUUCAUUUACAUUUUGUUUUAUUUCUUUGCUGCACCUGUUGUGUUUUUACCAACUUUAUUGAGAUUAUGGAGAUUGUUAUGGAUGUCACGUCUCAAUAAGACUCGAGUGGAAUUGUUUCGAUUGGAAGCAGCCAUGAUUAAGAGUGGUCAGGAAUCUCAAAGUAGAAAGAGAAGACCCACUGCUGCAGAUCAAACCAACAAUAACAAUGAACCUUCAGGUACCAUGAUGGGAGAUCACACGAUGACAAUGGACACCAAUAGUCCUGUUCCUGCCGUGACCAUUCUCACUUCUUUCGCUGAUGAUGAAUAUUCUGUGGACACAGAUUCAGAUUCGGACACAGAUUCUACUUCGGAUGCUGGUUCAGUCAUGAUGGAAAUGGAACAAGACUUUUCAUCUUCUUCUGGAAGUCAAUCGGAUUUAUUUGGAAAUCACACUGCCAAUGGUUCCUCUCCAUUACCACUCAUUCCCAAUUCCAAUGUUUUCAACACGACGACUAGUAAUAAUAAUGGAUCCGAUGCACAAUCUGGUGGUCAAGUUCCAACCAAUUUGAAACGACAACUUUCCAAAGCGAGUGCUCUCCAUAAAACUGUGUUAGCCAAUACAGUUGGAACAGUGGCAUUGGAAGAAUUAGGAAAAUAUAUUGCAUUGGAAAAGAAAAUUCUUCGAAUGCAACACAUUACAUCAUGGUGGUUUUAUUUAAUCGUUGUGGUUGUCUUGUCAGCAUUUCAUUUAUUUGUGUGGUUAAUUUGUGGACUUGUGGAAACAUUUGUAUUGAAUUCGAGUCCAUCUUCAACCAAAUUCACAGUUUCUAAUGAUUUCUUUGUAUUUGCUCAUGGAUGUGGAGUUGGAAUGGGAACCUUAAUUGCAGUUGCCUUAGAAGGAUUUCUCUAUGUCAUUGGGAUUGGAGUUGUACUUGUAUUUACAUUGAGAGAAGAUAAUGACACAUGGCGUUUGAGAUGGGAAACUUUAUCGGUGAUUGUUUUUUGGGCCGUUUGGUUGAUUUUAUAUUUAGUGUGUGGAUUCAUUCCAAUUAUUCAAACAUUGACAGAUGCUUAUUUCCCAUAUGGAGAUAUUUUGUUCUUUGGAGUUGUGACUGAUAAUAUUAUUACAGCUGUGAUACCAGUUGUGAGAGCAUUGUUGAUCCUUGUACCCAAAGAACAAGAAGAACAAAAUGAAGAACAAUUAACAAGAGAAAAGGCAGCUCUUGUGAAAUUGUUGAAAAAUAAGAAGAUGUUUGAAAUACUAUUGGCAUUUGCCAAGCAAUCAUUUUGCCCUGAAUCUGUAUUAGCUUGGAAAGAAAUGCAAAUGUAUAGAAGAAAAGGUAAUGCCAAAUCUCGAAGAAAGCUUGCCAAAGCUAUUUACAACAAGUAUAUCAAACCAGAUUCUCCUAUGGAAUUGAAUUUACCUUCUAAAUUUAAUAAGGAAGAAAUUGGAAAAAUGAUCGAUGACACUUCUCAACCACUUCCAAAAGACUUUUUCCGAACGCUUUCAAACCAUUGCGAACAAGAUAUGAAGGACGUGUUAGAUCGAUUGAGAAAGAGAGACAAGAGAAUUCAAGAAUUUAUGUUGAAAAAUACAGUUGUAGCAACGGAGAAGGAAGCUCCCAACACGGCUCCGCAAGCACCAACUCAAUCAACAACAAAUGGAGAAUCUUCUGUAUAA